AUGGUUAUCACCAGAGCAUAUGGUUUGAUGGGAAAAACUUGUGACUUUCAUAGUAAUCCAAAUAUUAUGGCACGUUCCUUGAUGGAAAGAGGGACAUGCCAUCUGGUUACUAGAUUUCUUGGGCAAUUUAACACUGCAGGAUGCUUAAUUAUAUUGGAAAAAGGGGGUACUAUGUUUACAUUUGAAGGAAACACAGAAAGAUGUACUUACAAAACAACUAUCAAAGUUCACAGUCCACAAUUUUAUUGGAAGGUUGCGACACGAGCUGAUUUAGGCCUUGCAGAUGCUUAUAUCGAUGGAGAUUUUACUUUUGUUGACAAAGAUGAAGGUCUACUAAAUUUCUUCUUGAUUGUUAUUGCUAGUAGAGAUUCAAAUUCUUCAGCCUCCAAACAAAACAAGAAAGGCCCGAGGGGAUGGUGGACUCCAUUGUUGUUCACAGCUAGUAUAGCCUCAGCAAAGUAUUUCUUUCAGCAUGUUUCAAGGCAGAAUACUCUUACGCAAGCUCGUAGAAACAUCUCUCGCCAUUAUGAUCUGAGUAAUGAACUUUUUGCUCUGGUCCUGGAUGAGACAAUGUUAUACUCGUCUGCGGUAUUUAAGUCAAUAGAUGAAGACUUGAAGGUUGCACAGCUACGAAAAAAUUCUAUUCUAAUUGAGAAAGCCAAAAUUGAUAAAAGUCAUGAAAUUCUUGAACUUGGGUGUGGUUGGGGAAGCUUGGCCAUUGAAAUUGUCAAAAAUACUGGAUGCAAGUACACUGGCAUCACUCUAUCAAAGGAACAACUAAAAAUAGCACAAAAGAAAGCUAGAGAUGCUGGCUUGCAGGAAAGCAUAAAAUUUCUUCUUUGUGACUAUCGAGGAUUGCCUGCGAGCUACAAAUGUGAUAGAAUCAUAGCCUGUGAGAUAUUAGAAAAUGUUGGUCAUGAGUUUAUUGGAGACUUAUUUGGUUGUUGUGAGUCUGUGCUAGCAGAGAAUGGUCUUCUUGUUCUACAGUGUACAACGAUGCCAGAUGAACGAUACGAUGAGUAUAGGAGAAGUUCAGACUUUAUCAAGGAGUACAUUUUCCCUGGUGGAUGUAUUCCUUCACUUAGUAGAAUAGUAUCUUCCAUAAUGUCUGCUUCAUCCAGACUCUGCGUGGAAUACCUUGAAAAUAUUGGAAUUCAUUACUACCAAACACUAAAGAUUUGGAGGGAAAAUUUCUUGAAGAAGCGAAGUGAAAUCUUAGCUCUUGGAUUCAACGACAAGUUUAUUAGGAUGUGGGAAUACUAUUUUGAUUAUUGCUCAGCAGGGUUCAAGUCUCGCACUCUCGCAAGUUACCAGAUUGUGUUUUCACGUCCUGGGAAUGUGGCUACCUUUAGCAAUCCAUAUAAAUACUUUCCUUCUGCCUAUGGAGUUGAAUUUUAUUGA